GACGAAACCAUGGGGUUGCUUACAAUCAUAAAGAAACAGAAGAUCAAAGACAAGGAGAUCCGGGUGUUGACGUUGGGAUUGGACAAUGCUGGUAAAACAACCAUCAUCAAGCAGAUUUUGGGCGAGGACACCAAGAAAGUAUCACCUACGAUGGGAUUUCAGAUCAACACGAUACAGUAUAAGGAAUACAACUUGAAUAUGUGGGACAUUGGGGGCCAGACCACCAUCCGUAACUUCUGGAGCAACUACUUCGACCGGUCCAAUAUAAUCAUCUGGGUGAUUGACUCGUUAAGCUUGGAAAGACUAGAUGAAUCAUACCAAGAACUAAGAGAGAAAAUCAUUCUACAAGAUCAAUUGGUGGGCACCUACUUGGUGGUGUUGAUCAACAAGGUAGACAUGUUAGACCCACAACAGCAUCAGUCGGUCAAAGAUCAAGUCAUAAAAGUUCUAAAUCUCGACAGAGAAUUGAACCAAGAUAGAUACAUCAUCCAGCUUGUCAGUGGGUACACUGGCGAGGGACUCUCUCCGGUCCUUGAUUGGAUGAUUGAACGUGACAUAUAGCCUUUCUGUACGUAAAGUCUAAACGAUUAUCAACCUUCGAUUAUUAUAUCAAACUGAAC